AUGGAUAUAAUUAAGUUAUAUGAAGGAAAUAAUAUGGAAGGUGGCAUUGAUGAUUUUUUGUUGGAAACCGAAGAUGAGAUCGUUGCAGAGAAUAGGAACGUAGUGGAAGAUCAAAUGUUAGGAGGUGAUGGUGUCGUUGUGCCUAAGGUGGGAAUGAUAUUUAGCAGUCGAAGGCCAAGUACUGCUACCGAAUCUCUAAGGCCACAACCAACAAUUCAAAUCGAUUGUAAGGCUAGGAUAAGUGCAUCUUCAUAUGAUCAUGGCUCUUGGAGAAUUAAUGUAGUCCACCUUGACCACAAUCAUGGAACAAGCCCAUCGAAAUCUAGGUUGUUUCGAUGCAAUAGAGAAUUCAGUGCACAUGUGAAGUGGAGGCUUGAAGUGAACGAUGUGGCAGGAAUUUCGUUGCACAAAAGUUAUAACUUCACAGUUGUUGAGGUAGGCGAAUAUGAAAAUAUGACUUGUGUAGAAAAAGAUUGUCGGAACUAUAUCGAACAAAUGAGACGGUUGAGACUCGGAGAAGGAGAUGCCGCCGCAAUACAAGCGUAUUUCUCAAAUAUGCAAGUACAGUGCUCAAGGUUUUAUUUUAGUACUGAUUUGGAUGAUGAAUCACGGUUGAGGAAUAUAUUUUGGACAGAUAAUAGGUGUAGACAGGCAUACAAGGAAUUCGGCGAUGUGGUCACGUUUGAUACAACCUAUCUCACAAAUAAGUAUGAUAUGCCUUUUGCUCCUUUCGUUGGCAUCAAUCACCAUGGACAAUCAACACUGCUCGGUUGUGAUUUGCUUUCGAAUGAGGAUACAAAUAAUUUUGUGUGGCUAUUCAGGACAUGGUUUCAGUGCAUGCACGGUGUAGCUCCCCAUGGAAUAAUCACUGAUAAGGAUAGAGCUAUGCAAAAUGCAAUUCAAAUUGUUUUUUCCAAAUACAAACCAUAUGUGGUGUUUAUGGCACAUUUUGAAGAAGUUGCCAGAGAAGUUUGGUUCGUUGAAGAGUUUGAAGAAGGUUGGAUCACAAUGAUCAAUAAGUUUGAAUUGCAUGAAAAUGAUUGGUUAUCUGGACUAUACGAGAACAUAAAGCAUUGGUAUGUGGAACAAUAUGAGCGAGCACUACGAAAUAAGGUUGAAAAGGAAUUUCAAGCUGAUUUCAAAUCAUAUUCACAAAUGCUAUCAUGCGUAAGUAUGUUUGAAAUGGAGAAACAAUUUCAAUCUGUUUACACCAUCUCAAAAUUCAAGGAGGUUCAAGAGGAGUUUGUAGGGAAGAUGUAUUGCGACCUCAUAUCUACUUCAGAAAAUAGUUUUGGGACAAUGGGUAUAAUUUGUAGGCAUGCGAUAUCGGUGUUGAUUCGUAAUUGCAUCACAUCAAUACCGGAGAGGUACAUACUGAGACGAUGGAGAAGAGAUUAUGUGUCAUCUUUUGCUGGGUUGGCAGACCUUGCUGCUGAUGACGACGGGCAGACUCGUGCCAUAAUGGAGUGGAUCGAAUCACAGCGUACGAUUCUUACGUUGACACGGACGAGUACAACUAGUAAUGUCCUCGCACAUCGUACGGAACCUCUUCAUAAUGUAUAUCAUAGUCUUGAGAAGAUUCUGAAGUUCAGAGAGGAGUUUGUGAAAGACGGGCAGUCGGCUUUUUUGGUGGUUAAUAAAUUGUCUGUGUCUGAGAAUCAGCAGGACAAUAACACUAGAUUAAGUUUUUCUCUGCAUAGAAACUCAAAAGUCACAGGCACAUUUUGA